AUGAGUAAAUACUAUGAUACAGGAAUUCAAGAAUGUUCAUGUCUAUAUUUAUUAUAAUAUUUAUAGCCUGCAGUACUGAUUGUUUAGAUUGUGUUACUAUUCCUACAAAUUGCAUUUCUUGUAAUUCUGAGAAAUAUUUACUUGGAAACAUUUGUUUAUGCAAAACAAAAUUGUAAGGAAGCUUUCUUACUACAUAUUUUGUUCCAUCAAAAAAUAAAUGCCAAAGUAAAUUGGUCAAAUUAUAAUAAGGUUGCCAUUAUAGUUGUCUAUCCUGCAGUGGUCCUUUAGUAAAUUAAUGUUUGACCUGUCUCAAUUCAGAAUCAAGAAUUUUGACUGGUACAAAUUGUGCAUGCAUUGAAAAUUACUUUGAUAGUGGUUUUCCAAAUUGUAAAUGUAAUUAAUUCCUUGAUUUAUUAAGAAUGUGAUUAUCGAUGUUAGGGUUGUGCAACACUACCUACUCUAUGCAAAUCUUGCCCAUAAUCAAGCUUAAGAAUAUAUAAUACUCUAAACUCUUCUUGCAAUUGCCCUAAUUCAUAUUAUGAUGAUGGAGUCGGUCCUGUUUGUUAAAGUAAUAUUUUAUAAUAGCAAAAGAAUGCGAUUACACUUGUUAAACAUUUAAAAUAACAUCCAACAGGUGUGAAUCUUGUUAUGUAAACACAAAUCGAACUUUCGAUUCUUUAUUAUUUUCUUGUCCUUGUGAUGUUCAUUUUUACGAUUCAGGAAUUCCAAUUUGUGAAUAAUGUCAUUAUUCUUGUUUAGUAUGUUAUUCAUAUGGAGUUGAUUAAUGUAUUAGCUGCUCAUCAUAAGCAACAUCUUUUAGAAUAUUAAAUGGAAAAUUUUGUGACUCCUUGGAUAUUAUGAUGACGGAUUUUCUUCAAAUUGUUAAUAAUGCUAUUAUAAAUGUUAAAGUUGCGUUAAUUUUUCAACUUAUUGCACAUCUUGCGAGUAAUCAAGGCAUUUAGAUUAAAAUCAAUGUCUAUGCAAUACUGGUUAUUUUGAAAAUGGGCUUAACAAUUGCACUAAAUGUGAUUCCAAUUGUUAUAAUUGCAAUUUGAAUUCAAAAUUAUGCACAGAAUGCGAGUAAAAUACAUUUAGAGUAUUGAACACUACUACUAAUACUUGCUAAUGUUAACCAGGCACAACCGAAAUAAAUGAAUUAUGUUAAAUAUGUGAUGUAAAUUGUUUGACUUGUUCAAACUCUAUUACGAAUUGCACAUCUUGUGGGUUUAUGAAAAUAAUCAGUAAUACAAAAUGUAUAUGCAUUGAUGGGACAUAUUUGUCAAAUGUUGAUAAUAAAUGCAAUUCCUGUAAUUUUACUUGUGAGACUUGUUUUGGUUAAGGCUCAUUUUGUAUGAGUUGCUCUUCCGAUAAAAAUAGAAUGCUAGAUAAUACAAAUCACGCUUGUAUUUGCAAGGCUGGAUAUUAUGAUGAUGCUGUUUUAAACUCUUGUAUUUAAUGUGAAUAAACAUGCUUAACUUGCUUUGGCAUUUCUACAUAUUGUACAUAAUGUGAUUCAAGUCUGAACUUAGCUCUUGAUUUUCAAAAUCGAUGUGUUUGCAAGUCAGGUUAUUUUUUUAAUCUUCUUUCCAAAUUAUGUGAAAGUAGUUUAUAUAUUAAUUUUAGUUUGCGAUUUUAGUUGCGUUGAAUGCUUAACUUUAACUUAGUGUUUGACUUGCGAAUAAAUUACUAGAUAUCUUGAUACUGACACAUCAAAAUGUUUAUGCAAGGAUCGCUUUUAUGAAGCUAAAAAAAAUAAUGUUUAAGUACUUAGAAUUAUUAAUAUUUUAGAAUGUCAUAGUAGUAGUUGUAAAACAUGUGAGAUUUAAUCAAAUAAAUGUCUAACUUGUGAGUUAACAAAUUUUAGAGUUUUUUAAAUGAAUACUUGCCCAUGUGUAGAUGGCUACUAUGAUGUUGGAAUAGAAGUGUGUCAAAAAUGCAGCGACGUUUGUUAAAUUUGCAAAACAAGUUCAACAAAAUGUUACGCAUGUUAUCCAAACCACCUUCGUGUUUUAAAUCAAAAUUCCUGUACCUGCUUUCCUGGAUAUUUUGAUAAUGGCUAACUAAUUUGUGAAAGUAUUAAUCCUAAAUAAAAUUAGAAUGCUCAAAUGCUUGUAAAACUUGUAAAAGCUAGAGAGAUUAUUGUACUAGUUGUGACGUUGAUUAAGGUAGAUUAGAUUAAUCUAUUAUUCAUAAAUGUCCAUGUGUUUCUAAUUUUUAUUAGGAUCCUAAUGAAACUUGCUAAAGUAUUUAAUCUCUCAUUUAUAUAGAAUGCCAUAUAAAAUGUUCGGGAUGUGUAAAUGAAAGAAAUAAUUGUGUGAGCUGCAAAUAUGUUUAAGGAUCCAAUAGAUUAACAAUUUCAAGUCAAUGUAAUUGUAAAGAUGGAUAUUAUGAUGAUGAUCUCCAAAUAAUAUGCAAAAAAUGUAAUAACCGUUGCAAAACUUGUGAAAGCACUCCAAAUCAUUGUCUAAAAUGUCUCAGUAAUUUAAGAAUAGAUCCUCCUGAUUGUUCCUGUAUGAAUGGUUACUUUGAAAAUGAUUAUUAAAGUUGUGAACGUACGAUCAUUAAUAUAAACUAAGCUUGUGAGAUUUAAUGCGAUACUUGUUAAACUCUAGCCUCAAAUUGUGUAACAAGUAAAGUAGGUCGUAUAAACAAGACAUGCGAUUGCGAGGACGGUUAUUUUGAAGGCGGACAACCAGAAUGCAUUAGUAAUUUUCAAUCAAUAUCUUAAGAAUGCGGUUUUUAAUGUUAAACAUGUGCCUAUUAUGCAGGAAAUUGUUUAGCAUGUAAAGGUGAUAGAUUUGAAAUUCCAUUUUGUCGAUGUUAAGAUGGAUAUUAUGAUGAUUUUUAGAGUUUAAAUUGCUUGAAAUGUGAUUACACUUGUAAAACAUGUACAUUAGAAGAAUGCUUAUCAUGUAAUGGUAAUAGAAUCUUAUCUGAUCAAAUGACUUGUGAUCCUCCUCCAAAUUCAAUUAGCUCAUUAUUAACUCCAUGGUGUUCAAGUAUAUAAUCCUUAAUAUCAAAGAUUGCGAAGUAGCUGUGAUGAAAAUCAACUUAUCGGAUGACCUGACAACAAUAAUUGUCCAUUUUGAUUUCCCCUUAAAUCCACAUUUCUUUACAAGUUAACUUGAAAGCAAUGCUUGUUUCAAUAUCUUGAAUUAGACGACUCUCUCUAAAUUAGGAGUUAAUCCUCAAUGUUAUAUAGAUCCGAAAAACAAAAGACAAGUAAUAUUAAAUCUUGGUUAAAAUCCUUCUAUUCUUUUAGGAGAUACAAUUGAUUUUUUGGAGGAUUCCUUUGGCCACACUGAUUGCGAUAGCAAAUUGUAGUAUUUCAUUUUUAAUACACUUGAUUAACCCUCUAACCCAUAUGCCCCUGUUAUCCAAUAUGAUGUACCUACAUAUCAAUUGAAUCCUUGUGAAGAGAACAUCAUUUUAAUGGAAUCAAAGCUCUAUGAUGGUUUAAGAAGUUUUAUUUCUGUAUAAUGGACAUUUAUCGUGUAAGGCUCAAAUGGAAAUGGUGAUCUUGAGAACUUCGUUACAGAAUUAACAAAUUUUUAAGUCUUAGAUCUAACCAUUCCAGAAAAAACAUUUCCUAUAUAGUCAAAUAUUACCCUAUAUGUAGAGGUUCAAAACUUUGUAUCAGAAAAAAAUGUGUCUAAAAUACUAGUACAAACUCAUGCGGGAUAAUUUCCAAGUAUUUUUAAGAAACACAAACAAUACUAUUAUCCAUUUGAAUAUAUCAAAAUGAGUUUUAUAAUGAAUAAAAAAAGUUGCGUAGGCAAUUCCGAUAUAAUAAAAGAUACAUCUUAAUAUUAAAUAAGUUUUUAUGAAAUCUACAGAAAUAACUCAAAUUCUAGAUCCUCAAAUAUGAAUUUUAAUGAUUUAAUUAAUACUAACCUUUUAGAACUUUCGAUUGAUAGCUAUUCUUUAAGUGCGUACACAGCUUAUACGUUUCAAUUUACAAUUUCAGAUUCUUCAAUAUAAUAUUAUUCCUAACGAAAUAUUACUAUUUAGAUUAAAUCAGCCGGAGUUCUGUGUGCUUUUAAUGGAACAAAGAAGAUGCAAAAUUACUAAGAAGUUACAAAUAUCUAUAUUAUAUGUAAGGACCUAGAUGUUCAAUAUGAUUGGGAUGAAGAUCCAAGUUUGUAAAUAGAAGUUAUUUGUUUAGAACUCACUUCACAAAAAGAAUGUGAAAAUUCGAAAAAGUAGAAAUUACAAUAUAAUUCUACUUAAACUAAUUAGACAUUUCCUAAAGCAACUAUGGCACCAUAUACAAUUUAAUCUUGGAAAGUAAUUGCCACAAAAAAUUCAUUGUCAUAUUACUAUAACAUUAACAUUAUAUACCUGGAUUAUGAUUUCAAAAUCCUAGCUAUAGAGUAUAAUAGUGGAUAUUCGGUGAGGCCUGUUAAUAAUUAUGAAGAUUUAUAAUUUACUUUUAAUAUUCCAUUUUAGGAUAGAUAGUACCUUUUAGAUUUUUCAAUUGCAUUAAUUUAUGACUAUCAAUUAAUUUCAAUACUUAAACCUCAAUACUAUUAAUAUUCUUUUUAAUUAUAUGAUUAUUAUUAACAGUUUAAUAAAGGAGAUAAGUUUAAUCUUAAAUUUCUGGCUUAAUUUACUAAUGAUAUUAUUCCCAACCAGGAAGACUUGACUUUAUAUUUAAAUUAACCUCCAAUAUGUAAUUUAAAAACGCGUUAAUAGUUUUUAUAAGCCUUAGAAUCUUAGAAGAUAGCAAUUAGUUGUGAAUAAUCUAACGAUAAACCAUAUUAGUAUUAAAUGAAAGUGUUUUUUUUUUAAGAUGAUUUUGAAGAGUUUAAUAAAAAGUCAUCCGAUAAUUCCCUACUUUAUUACAGCUUUUAACCAUCAAAUCAUUUCACAGCAUACUUUCCUAGUUCAGAAAUCAAUGUUAUUUUUUAGAUCAUAGAUAUAAGGGGAUCGAUAACAAAUAUCCUUAUGAAUUUUAAAAUCCCAAACAAACAAAUCACAUGCAAUAAUUUGAAAACUGACCAAUUGACGUUAAGAUAAAAGAUUGCUUGGAUAUUUGAAAUAAUGAUUAAUCAUAAGGAUGAAUAAAAUUGCACUAUAUUGAAAGAUGAAUUAUAUAAUUCAGUUGAAUAAGAAAUAAAUUCCGAGGAUCUAUAUGAAAAAUUAUUGGUCUAUUAAACAAUUAAUCUAUACAAAAAAUUAAUACUAAAGUAGAGAGUUUCAAAUUCCUCAAUGAGAUUAUUAGAAUAAAAUUAGUAAAUUGAAUGCUACAAUAAGGAUUCUUCUCUCUUUACGAAUACUGAUUAAGAACUUACUUAGAAAGCUAGUACUAAUAUCUCAUCCUUAAUAGCAAGUUCUUAAAAACUUGAGUCAUAAAUAACAGAUUUAAUCUAGUUGAAGAGAGAUCUCGAAGAAGAAAAUGCCUAAAAAAACAAUCUAAUUAUUGACACUGAGUAAGUCAUGAAGGUUAAAGGUGCAAUCUAAAUGAUAUUUAGUUCAGUACAUUUGAUUGACAAUUAAUUGCAGAUUAUUUCAUAGAAUGAAACAUCAGUAGAACAUUAAGAACAAGUAAUGAAUAUAACUUAAACUUUAAUUUAAUUAAUUGAGAAAAUUAUAUUGCAAAUUAGUGACAAAGUUGAAGUGAAUGGUUAGGUUUUAUAAAUUUAAGGAAUGAUGUUGGAGUUAUAACUUUAAAAAAUUACUAAGUCUGUAUAUAAUAAAGAGUUUUAAUUAGACGAUGAUUAUUUGGAUAAUUUAAUUGCCUAUUUAUAGAAGGAACAAUUAAAACUUAAUUACAAUUAUUAUAAUCUAUCAAAACCUUAAAGAUCUAUGCUUCAAAUUUACUUAAAUCGGUCAGAUUUUGAGAUUAAUUAAAAUUAUUUUGUCAAAUCAACCCUUACUAAUUUUCUUUACACUAAUUCUUAUAUUAAUCAGCUUUAAUUAAACACUUAGUAUAGGAUUGACUUGGCCGAAUUUCAAUAUUGCGAUACUUCAAAAGGGGUAUCUGAAUUUUUGCAAUAUAAUUAUUAUUGUAUGAAUCAUUUAGAGGAAAACACAUUUGAAGAUUGUGAUUUAUAAAUGGAUGGAAUUAAUAAUCAAAGUGUAUAACUUUAUUGUAAAUGUAAAUCCUUUGGAAAUUUAUUUUUGAUAAAAGUUGCCAAUAAAUCUACGAAUUAAUAAAAUAGUACACUAGUGAAAUAAAUCUAAUAGGAUACUAAGAAAAAUGACCUAUUUAAGCAAACUUUUCUAUAUGUUUAGAGUACAUUUAUUAUAUCAUCUAUCAUGGUUUACUUUACCUUCGUUUAUCUAGAAUACCAAAGUCAAAAGGAAAUAAUUAUGGAAGAAGGUUUCAAUGAUAGAUAAGAUACACUAGAUCCAGCUAAGAAAGUAUUUCAAAUUCAUUUUUAUCCAGGACACAUCUCUAUGAUUAAAUCAUCCUUCUAAGUAAAUAUUUUUUCUAAAAAAAUAGAAUAUCCAUUCUAUUUUGUAAUUUUGUUAAAGUGACCAGAACCCUCUGAAAAAAAGCUUUAGAUUUUUGUAGAUUAGUAAUUAAAUAAGCAUUUUAAUAUUAACAUCCAUUUGGGAAGUAUUAUUUAUUGAAGUUGUCAUUAUCAAUGCAUAUCUAAAUCUCCUUAAUUUUUGAUCUUUAGAGCAAUUUCAAAGAUAACUUAAGCAAUUUAUAUGUUUGAGGGUAAAGUUGCUGUAGCGAUGGUUGCAUUAUAUCUUUGCUUACCAUUUUUAUAUUUGUUCCUUACAAUUUUAGCAUUAAAUUAAAUGUAUAAUAUUUUCUCAUAAUAGCGAAAUAAAUAAUUCUGGGGUGGAUAUGCAAAUAACCUUAAAUCUUUUAAGCACUUUAUUAUUAGUUUUUUUCAUUUAUGAACCAAUUGCAAUUUGCUUCAGAAUUGUUAUUUACAGAUCUUUUUUGAACAGUAUUAAACACAAUGAAUUUAACCCAAUCAACCAUUUUGUUUAUUUCUUUAUCUAUCAUAGCAAAAUAAAUAAAACUUUUGAUGAAUUAAAUAUUGGAUGA